CGCCCUUCAUCACAUCUUCACCAUCGCGCAUCUCCCGCCACCCGUCUGGCCUUACCCCUUUCAUUUCUCUCUCUCAGAGCCCCAGCGCAGCCUAGGCCGCGUCGUCGGGGCCAUACUCUCUGCCUCCCAGUCAAACACUCCCUCUUCAGGCCCACUGGGCCCACACAAACAUGCGGCCGCGCAAGUCUCAGCGCAAGGUCGUGCCUCCGCCGCCCGAUGUCGCAGCGCUCAUCCAGCGCCUCAGUGCGGCGAGGGACGAGGAGAUUCCCUCCAUUACCCGCCCCCUCCAGAUAUGGCGCUAUCCGCGUGGGGACAUGCAUUCGUGGGUGGACGUCCUCAAGAAGUUCAUCGACAUCCUCACGCGCCUCCGGGAUGCCUACGGCCUGGGUCGCGGCGCCAAGACGGCGUGCAAGAUCCAGAUCAACGACUUCACGCCCAAGGACAAAGAGCUCAUCAUCGAGAUCCUGCGUUUCAUCCGCCUGCUGAUGGAGAACAGCACAAGCCGUAAGCUGUUCGACGGAUACGACGUGAUCAACGACCUGCUCCUCACCAACGACAUGGACGUACUGGAGGGCGCCCUCUAUGUCUUUCUCCGACCCCUACAGCAGUACUUGACGCAGAUGCCUACCAGCCCGGAACUAGGCAAGAGCAUUCGUGCCCGCCUCCUCGCUCUCACGCGCGGCUGGGACAGCCUCCGCAAAGCAGACUGCAGCAUCCUCAACUAUGCGUCGUGUCUAGACCCUAUCGAGUUGAACGACGCUGCUGCAACAAUUCAGCUGCAGUUUUACAAGCCCUUCCAGCCCUCAACAGCCCUCGAGCCCACGCCCGACAAGGUUGCGCCCCCGGACACCGUUGAGACGCCCACUCGACCCACGCUGGCGUCAGCGCGCUCCGAGUCUCGCAUCGCCGUCACACCUGCAGCCAAGGCGACAGCGCCCGCUGUCGACAACAGUAGCGUCACUGUGGACCUGGGCAUUGUCUCCAAGACCAUGGGUGCAAACUACCUCGACCGUCUCGCCCAGACGUUUGAGGAGCACCACAUGAACGUUGACGACCAGCUGAGCGCCCUCAAUAGGGUGCGGCUAGUCGUGCUGACGCAGGAUAUCGCGACACGCCGCAAGCUGCUCAGCAACAGAUUCCUGGCACUUGCUUGCUACACCACUUUUGCCGACGAAGACCAGGUCGCAUCAGACAUCUUUCUCAGAGACCCCGAGCUCGUCAGCGAUCUGACAGAGCUGCUGGCAGUUGAUGACUGCAUCGGCGAAAAUGUCGUUGCGUCAACAAUCCUCGCAUUGGACGCUGCGUCCCACCACCGACACGAUGUGCUGAGCUCGAUUGGUGCGCACGCGGGCCACGGUGUGAUCAUGAGCCUACUCCGCUCCGUUGCAUCAAAAUUGGUGGCAAACGAGCACGUGUCUCACGACAUUGUUGACGCUCUUUUUGGCUUCGUGGCAUACAUAAACGCGGCGCCAACGCACGGCAGUCAGCUAAUUGGCGCUGGGCUCCUGCCCGUACUCCUUGACAUGCUCAACACCAAGGGUGAGCGCCGCGGCCAGUACAUCCCGCGCGCGAUUGGCCUCAUCGACUCGGCGUACUUCGCCCACACUCAAGCAUUACAGGCAUUCAUAAACGCAGACGGCCUGAACGUGCUGGUUGCGCGUAUCAAGGCCGAGGUUCAAGCGAUCGAAGAGGCUCCUUUGCCCGACGAUACCGAGCUAUUCAACCGGGACUCGUUGAUCGCCUAUGACACCAACCCGGUCAAGGCAGAGCUGCGCUCCAUCUACCGCAUGCUGCAGAGUACCGGCGGCUCGGAGGGCUUCCGCAAUGUCGUCGACACGGAUCUCCCCAAGUCCUUGAAGCGUAUCAUGACCAACAGCGAUAAGUUCGGUUUACGCAUUUUCGGCCUUGCCAUCAACAUCAUGGCUACGAUUGUGCACAACGAGCCCACCUCGCUUGGUAUCCUGCAAGAGGCACAGUUACCUCAGACACUCUACGAAGUGUUGGAGAUGAAGAUGCCAGAUGCGUUCGAAGUCGUCUACACGCUUCCUAAUGCCAUUGGCGCUAUGUGCCUUAAUGCGGCAGGCCUGGCCGACGCCGUCAAGCACUUCAGUGUUAUCGACAACAUCUUCCGCGUCGCCACGUCGUGGAAUGUGGACGAAGUCUCUCCCGAGAGGGAUCCCGUGCAGACCAUCGCCCAAUCCAUGGAUGAACUUGUGCGCCACCAUCCUGUUCUCCGCCCAAAAAUCCGCGAGGCCGUUGUUGCCCUGUUGAAGGAAGCUAUCGAAGAGGGCAAGGCCUUCAAACCUACCGCCAAGGAGGUCAACAAAUACGCCGUGGACCCUAACGACGUUGCGCCCGAAAUGGAUGUGGACUCUGACGGCAAAGACGAGAAGGACAACGACAAGGAAAACGAUAACGACAAGGAACUCAUUACCAAUGCGCCUCUGGCUAAGCUCACCAACGUCCUGAAGCUGCUCUCGGUGCUCUUGCGCAACGACAACUUGUGUAAGGAGUUCUUGCACGAGAACCACGGCGUCGAGCUGCUCAUCAGCAUCGCGCAGCUCCCUUGCAUUCCCGUCAGCUUCUCCGGCGCCGAGAUCGCCGUCGCACUCCCCAGCGUCUUGCGCACCAUCAGCGAGCAUGACCAGAUGCUGAUGAGCGAGACUUUGAUCACGUGCAUCAAGCGGGAGCUCAACGAGAUACCCGAGCUUUGGAAGAACGGUGCUGACUGUCACGACGCCUGGCUUAGCAUGACUAAAACCGAGGACGCCACGCCGGCGGACUAUGUGCGAUUACGCCGCAUCGCAUCCCUCGCACUCCUAUUCUCGUCCUUUAGCGACUAUCUCAGCAUAAGCAUGAGCCAGCAGCGCACCGUUACACAGCUGAUCAAGGCUUUUGGUGUUACGUCCGGCUCAACGUUCAUGACCGACCUCGGCCAGCUUCACCGCCAGUGUUUUAUCGAGCACGUGCUCCUCAAGGACGUGGGGGUGGAAGAGGAGAAGGACAAGUCUAAGAACGCCACCGAGGACACCACAGCCACUGCCGAGGGCUCUGGGUCUUCCGAGGCUGCCGCUGCGGUUGAAGCGGCCGCAGACGCUGCACCGGCCGAGGCUGCAGCGCAGACUUCGGCUCCAGCCGUCGAGCUUUCAAGCCUCGAUGCGCGCCCGCAGAUGCGAGUAAUGACAGUCAAGACGAUUGUCACGCGCAUGCACGCCGUCUUAACGCGGUUCUUCAAGUGCGCGAUUCGGUUGAUCUUCAACAAGCGAAUCCCAGAACCGGCGCACAAGACUGAGGCGACAGCCCUCGCCAACUGCAUUGCGGAGAUCUUGAUUGGACAUCUGCAAGCAUCUGCCCAGGUCCCACAAAAGCAGUACGCUAUUGACACGGUCGCACUCGGCCUGACCACAAUAUUGCUGUUUGAUGAGCGGGGUGCAGACGGCAGCCUCUCUACAACCUUGUUUAUCCCCUUCGAGCAGAAGGGUGGCAUGGCCGUCAUGCUUGACAACGUACGACGCCUCGUCUAUGGCAUGGACCGGUAUCCUACCACGCCGGCAGACGAGCAGACCCAACAGCAGAAGGAUGAGGUGGCGCAGCUGGUACAGGGCAUGCGCAUCGCCACCUCGGUCCUCUCGGCGUACGCCUCCCCUCGCUCCUUGAUUGGUAGCAGCCAAACCCACGCGAUCCGCCAGCGCGAACAGAACCUUCCCGUGAAGCAGCGUUUUGACCCAUUUGUCACCUUCAUCCGCAUCCGCCGUGACCUACUCCCUGUGGUGCUAAAGAUCUUCAUGGCCGAAUGGCUCCCCCGGUUGCCACUCAACAUUGAAAGAACCGCCAUCUCUACCUUCUUUGAGAUCCUGGCGGGGAAGGAUGAGGAGAUGGAAGUCUCCAUCACUUUACCGCGGCCUGCCUCGCCGCAAAUUCGCGACCUUCUCCAACCACGCCCGCCACCCGCUGCCAACCCCGCAGCUGUCACCCAGCUCGUUGAGAUGGGCUUCGGGCGUCGUGCAGCUGAGCGAGCGCUCCUUCGCGCCCGUAACAACAUCGCAUCUGCGGCUGACCUGUUAAUUUCAAUGCCCCACCUGUUCCCCGAUGAGCCUGAACCCGCACAGCCUGCUCAACCAGAAGUUGCUCCCGCUGUGGACGCUGCCAACACUCCAGCUCUUCCACCCGCUGCUGAUGCUCCUGCCGCUCAGCCCUUAUCUGCAGACGCACAGUCGGCUGCCGACGUCGGGGCCGCAGUCCCUGCCGCUGCCGAUAGCGAGGGGGGCGGCAUGGAGAUUGACGAGGCGGACCAGGCGCCUAGCCCAACCACAUUGUGGGAGGGUCAGCGCGAAGAGCUCGACAAGCUUCGCGAAAACGCUCGGAAGGAGGUGAAGGUGCGUUCACUUCAGCUGCUCGAUGCGAACGAGGAGCUCGUCCACGACCUUAUACCGGCCUUUGGAUCAGGCCCAGAGGCUGCCACAAUCAUCCUCGGUCGAGUAGAGGAGGCGGUUAAAGAGUCGCCUCGACGACCUGCCGCACUCUCUGCGCGCCUGCGCCUCUUCGCUGUGUUUGCGCGCACUAAAGGGCCCAUCGAGCUUCCCGCCGAGCAAUGUCAGCACCUCAAGACUCUAUUGGAAGGCCUCCUUUCGCCCAACGAGCCACGCCCAGCCUUCCUCGCGUCAUAUAUGAUCGCGGCGGAGGCGCUGCUGCUUGUGUCUACAACAAUCGCCGAGGCUAAGCUUGGCGAGGAGGCCAAGCUCAACAUUGUGAAGCGUGUCGACCUCGGCAACUUCCCAAGCGUAAUGUUCAACCUGUGCAUGACCACUCUGGCUUCCGACGAGCUCUCGCGCGAGGAAUUCAUGGGCAGCCUUCGGCUCGCUGCAAUCCUCACGCGCUCCAGUGCCAUGUGGGUCACCCAAGAUUUCCUCCAGCGCAUCGUCAGGCAUUUCAAGAGGACUAACUCGACAAUCACCGGUUGUUAUGGCUACUUCUCGAUGAUCACGCGCCACGCCUUUGACUCCAAGAAUGCCUUGCAGGAGAUCAUGCGUAAGGAGAUCACGGAUUGGAUGACGCCGCAGCGCAACAAGGUAUCGGACGUGCAGCACUUUGUCAGACAGCUGCGCCAGUUGAUGUACCGUGAUCCCAACGUCUUUUUGCACGCCGUGCAGGAGGAAGCGUCACUCGUCGAUCCCGGCCCCGCCUCGUCUGUGUAUCACCUCCGCGCCAAGGACGAAACGAAAGAUAAAGUUCCCAGUGCCGACGCAAACGAGGCUGACAAUGGCAACGGCAAUAAUGUGGCUGCGCCGGCAAUCAAUGACCCUUUUGUGAAGUCGGCCGUCGACUCAUUCGAACAUCAUCCCGUCAUGGACUUCCUCGUGUCUGAACUUGGCACUACCAUGCAGGUAGUCCACCAGGAGGAGGCGGCGCACCGUGCUGGCACGCCCUACUCCGAGCCCGCCAAUCAGGCUUACGCGUACGUGGGCUUACUCUUGGCCCAGGUGGUUGAACUCACCGGCUCAUACAUGUCGGCCAAGACUGCAUUCAUCGCCGCUGUUCGCCGCUCCACGAUAUAUGGCAUGGGCAAGGGCAAGGUUGGAUUCUCGACCGUGCUCACGGACCUGGUGUGCGGCGUCACACUCCGCGACGUUCAGGAGAGCCGUAACCAAGUGACCCACAACGCCCGCAGAGUCACUGUAUCCAGCUGGGCCACGACUCUCAUGAUCUCACUCUGCGCAAACUUUGCGCGCACUCCGGAUGGCACGGACUUGCCUGAAGACCUCGUUGCCGUCCGCAAGAUUGUGCUUGAUGGUAUCGCCAAGGCUCUAAAGGAGAGCGCGUCCGCACACCUUGAGGCCAACACUCGCUAUGGCCGCCUUUGGGCGCUUGGGCAGCUCAUCCGCCUUCUCAUCUCACAAAAGCCUGGCGUAAUGCCAACAACACCAGACGACAAGACGAAUCUGCAACUCGCGAAGACAAUGCUCGAGAAGAACUUUGUCGGGCUUCUAACCACGGCCCUGUCCGACAUAGACCUCAACUAUCCUGACAUCCGCAGCGUCCUCGAGUCCCUCUUAAGAGCAGUUGAGCAUCUCACCAAAAUCUCUAACAAGUGGAGCAAGACCGAGAACAAGCCCAUUGCGGGUGAGGAGGUUGAGCAUGACGAGAGCGAGUCCUCCGAGGUUCCCGAGGGCGAGGAGGACAUCGACAUGUCCAUUUCGGGGGAGGAAGAGGCAGAUCCACCCGAUUUGUACCGCAACUCGGCCCUUGGAAUCCUCGGCGGCGACAUUGACGACGACGAGGACGAUGACAUGGACGACGAUAUGGACGACGACGAUGAUCUCAUGGAGGCGUACGAUGAGGAAAUGGAUCACGAUAUGGACCAUGAUACCGAGCCUUCCUCCGACGAGGACGAGGACGACCUUGACGGCCACGGCUCUGCCAUGGAGGGAGACUGGACCACAGAUGACGACGACGGGUCUGAAGAUUUGGACGACGACCAAGUUGACCAUGUUAUCGAUGCUAUCGACGGACUUGAGGAAGUCGACGUGGAUGACGAGGCUGGCGUUCCCUGGGAUGACGACGAUGCCGACCUAAUGGACGAUGAGGACGGCGAAGGCUUCGACUCUGAGGACGAGGAGACCUUCACGCAUGGGGAGCAUUUCGGCGGUGCCGACUUUGAUCAGGAGGAAGAGGCGAUGGAGGACUUCUACGAUGAGGAGGUCAUCGACGAGAUGGGCAUGGACCCCCUUGCUGCUGGCCACCUAGAAGGCGGGCCUACCCUGGGCGAGGGCGGCGGCUUCUGGGGGUGGACGGAGCCCGUGCGCGCGUCCGAAAUUCCAAGCGGCCGAAGCCGCUCUUUGCUCGACAUGGAUACGGCCGCAUCGUCCCUGUUUGGUAUUCCGCGCACCACCCGCGCCGACAACUCGCAGCAUCCACUGCUCACCCAAGCGCGGCCACAUUAUGCUAACCGGCCAAAUACUCCGUUCGGGCCCUUGUCGAGUAUCACAGACUUGCUGGCAAGCAUCGAAAGCUUCGCGGGCCCCCAAGCCGUUACCGUCGUUGAGAACAUGCUACAACGCACCCGUAAUCACGGUGCGGACGGCAUCCGCGUUGACCUUGCUCACAGACAAGACGGUAGCUUUGGCCUGUCCAUUGGCGGCCAAUCCUUCACAGUUGCACCUCCCACACGCCAGUUGCCCCAGACCGCCGAAGAUAUUCAGCCUGAGUUCGAGCCGCGCCCAACCCUGCACCGCUGGCAGGAGGAGAUGAAUCUCUUCCCGUACAACUCGCCAGAGCAGGUCAGCCGGGUUGUCCUCCACAUCAUAAACCGUCUACUUCCCGCAGCGCGUGAGGCAUCGGCCCGCGAGGCAGAGCGUCUCCGCAAAGAGGAGGAGAAGAUAGCUGAAGCUCGGCUGAAGGGGCAAUUAGAGGCUGCCGCCAUCUCAGCGGAAGCGCGCGAAGGGGACCUGUUAGAGGCGACAUCCACUGCCUUGCCCGAGUCGAGGCCUGAAACUUCGCAAGGCUUGGUCCCUGACCAGGACGUGGACAUGGCCACAGACGAUGAAGGCCACGACGAGGACAAUGAAGACCACGAUGAGGACGAGGAAGAAGGGGAUGAGGACGAUGAAGAUGUGGGCGAGGACGAAGAUGACAUGCCCGACGAUUCCAACCGCGUUCUCAUCGUCAUUCGCGGGCAAGAAAUCGACAUCACUGAUACUGGGAUCGACCUCGAGUUCCUCCAGGCGCUGCCGGAGGACAUGCGCGCCGAGGUUGUCGAGCACCACCUGCGCGAGCAAAACCUCCUCAUGCCCGGUGCCGCGGCCAACGUCCCUGAGUCCUCGCACAUUAACACUGAGUUCCUCAACGCCCUUCCGCCAGAGAUUCGCGCCGAGGUGAUCAUGCACGAGUCCAUGGAGCAAGCGCGUCGCCAGGCUGUUCCACCCCCUCAGGCCACCGGAUUCCGGGCACCAGAGCCUCCAGAGCAUAACAGUAUUUCUUCCAGGGCGCCGGAGCCUAGCAGCAGUGGCGGCGUUGUCGCUGGCACCAUCCGCGAGCUCGAGACCGAGAUUCGCGGGACGUUGCGCGGCGGCGAUCUGCGUGACAUGCUUGCGCACACGGUAGGUCUGCCUCCUGGACUCUCGCGCAAGGCGCCCACCAAGAAGAAAUCUGAGCUCUCCGCGACCACUACAGAGCGCAAGCCGCUUCAAUUAUUGGACAAGCCUGGGAUCUGGGCGCUUCUUCGCCUACUCUUCGUCCGUGUCCCUCUCCGUGAGACCUCCCUCUUCAAGACCCUCGUCAAUCUGUGUGAGAACAGCGAGACGCGCACAGAGCUUCUCAACACGCUGCUUAGCCUUGUGCAGGAUGGCACUGGCGACCUGCCCCUCGUCGACCGCAGCUUCCAGCAGAUGUCGUUGCGCUCGCUCACGACCACCACGCCCAAGGCGACUCCGAGCAGCAAAGCAGCCGAGACGCCUGGGCCAACGACUAUCAGCCUCUUUGCGGACCUGCAGCCCGAGCACGUGCCCACUUUUAUCGCGCAGCGUUGCUUUGAGGCGCUCCAACACAUCGUCAGCUCCAACCGCCAGGCGGUGACGUACUUCCUCACCGAGCAUGAGCUGCCCGUCGGCCUCAAGAAGCAUUCGAAGAAGGGCAAGGGCAAGGAGAAAUUCCUCCCGCAGAAGCAGUUCCCGAUCGUUGUCCUUAUGGGCUUGCUGGACCGCACCGAGUUGCUUCAGGCUCCAGGCAUGAUGGAGUCCCUCACCACCCUUCUGGCCACGCUCACAAGGCCACUCACGGCGCUUCAAAAUUGGCGCCAGCGAGUGGAAAAGGAGCUCGCUAAGUCCGACCAAUCCGCUGAGGGCGAGGAGAGGCCUGCAGAUGCUGCCACCGCCUCUGAGGCAACUCCUGCAACUGAUACCGCGACUCAGGCUGCGCCGAAGCCGAUCGAGUGGAAGAUGGAGCGACCCAUGUUCCCGCCUGCCAUCCUCCGUUUGGUCGUCAACGGGCUCACGAUCGGUGACCAGACGAGCAGGACGUUCUCCUCAACUAUCAUGAUUCUGCAACACCUCUCCAGCAUACCUGAUGCCAAGCAGGUGCUCGUGAGCGAGCUAUUCAUGCGCUCGCAGAAGCUUGGCUCAGUCAUCCUGGAGGAGCUCACCAAGCUCAGCAAGGUUCUUGCAGACGCCACACGGCAAAUCACUUCCUAUGACCUGAUCGCCUUUUCGGCGUCCGGCUCGAGCCAAACGCAACUGCUGAGGCUCCUCAAGACGAUUGACUAUCUACACUCGCCAAAGUCGACCGCCGGCAAGGAGCAGGAUCCUGCUGUUCAGAACAGUGCGCGCGAACUGUAUCAAUCGUUCGACUUUGCGCAGCUCUGGACACAGUUCGGCGACUGCCUCUCCCUCGCGGAGACGCGGGGGAGCAUCGACCAGACCGCGUCUAUGCUCUUGCCAUUGGUGGAGUCGCUCAUGGUCGUUUGCAAGUACACGCGACCGAUCGGACAGGCGAAUGUCUCCCAGAUCGUCUCACCAGUCUUGUCGCCAACGCUACCAGCACAGUCGAAUGACCUGUUCCUCUCCUUCACCACUGCACACCGCAAGGUGCUCAAUUCGAUCGUCCGCAGCAACCCGGCCUUAUUGAGCGGCUCAUUCUCGCUGCUUGUACAGAACUCGCGCGUGCUAGAGUUUGACAAUAAGCGCAGUUGGUUCUUCCAAAGGCUCAAGCGCAGGCGCAGCGAACAGCAGGGCGUUCAUCCGCUGCACCUCAAUGUGCGUCGGCAGUACGUGUUCCAGGAUUCGUAUAGCGCGCUGCUACACCGUGCAGGCGACGAGAUCAAGUACGGUAAGAUCAACGUCAAGUUCAUAAAUGAGGACGGCGUCGACGCCGGUGGCGUCACGCGCGAGUGGUACCACGUUCUGGCGCAGCAGAUCUUCGACCCAGAUUAUGCGCUAUUUGAGCCCUGCGCCGCCGACAACCAAACGUAUCAGCCCAACAAGCACUCAAGCAUCAAUCCGGACCAUUUGUCGUACUUCAAAUUCGUGGGACGUGUGAUCGGUAAAGCCAUCUAUGACGGACGCUUGCUCGAUGCCUACUUCAACCGCGCAUUCUACAAGCAGAUUCUUGGGCGCGGGUGUGACAUCCGCGACCUCGAGGCGAUCGACCCCGAGUACCACAAGUCGCUGCAAUGGAUGCUGGAGAACGACAUCACCGAUGUAAUCGACCAGGAAUUCACCAUCGAGGAUGAGUCGUUCGGCGCCAAGCAGAUUGUGGAGCUCAAACCGGGUGGUGCUACCAUACCAGUUACCGAGGCCAACAAGGAUGAGUAUGUGCGCCUCGUGUGCGCAUACCGUCUUGAGAACAGCGUCAAAGAGCAGAUGAAGGCCUUCCUCACAGGCUUUUACGACAUAGUGCCGCGAGAGCUCGUGCAGAUCUUCGAGCCCGAGCAGCUCGAACUGCUUAUCUCUGGCGUCAACACCUUUGAUGUGGACGAGCUCAAGAACUCGACCCAGAUCUCGGGGUGGAAGAACAACGACAACGAAGUGAUGUGGUUCUGGCGCGCACUCCGCUCCUUCUCCCAAGAGGAGCGUGCGCGUUUCCUCAUCUUCGUAACGGCGUCAAGCCGCGUGCCUCUCGGCGGAUUUGAGAAGCUGCAGGGCGCAAGUGGCAUCCAGCCGUUCCAGAUCCAGAAACUGUUCGGCAAGCCAGGCAUCCUCCCGCAGGCUAGCACGUGCUUCAACUUGCUCUUGUUACCACCGUACGAGAGCUACGAGCAGCUGCGCGAGCGCCUGUUGUUCGCGGUCACGGAGACGGAGGGCUUUGGCAAGGCGUAGAGACGAGGGAGAUCCAGAGUAAAACUGUAGCGCUGUAGAAAGGUUUUUGUACAUUCCCAUCAGCAUGGAUACACCGUGGUUAUGCGGG